AUGAACUUGAGCGAGCAAAAUGCUCAUGUGAACCGACAAGUCGUAGCUGGUACUAUGUGCGAUCGUUCUAGUGAGCCUUCAGCAACCUCUUCCAUAAGUUUGUUUGCAUUCCCUGCUGAGUGUAACUUCAGCGUCACUCGGAAUAAUCGAAAUGCUAUUGUGAAUCAAGUGCAUGCUGGCUGCUGGAACAACUCAUCAAGCAAGGACACACGAUGGCUUGUACUAACUGAUGCAGCUAAAUACGUUGCGACACACCGUCUCGAUCUCUCUACGUGCCACCCAGAUUUCGUGACGCUUUCAUUCUACAAGAUUUUCGGGUAUCCGACAGGACUUGGAGCGUUAGUGAUGCGCAAAUCUGCUAUGUCUUAUUUGAAAAAGCUCUACCAUGGCGGUGGGACCGUGCAAAGCAUUUUAGCUGGCCGAAACUAUGUUGUUCCGCGUGGGAUGGACAACAGUAACGACGUCAGCUCUCGUUUUGUUGAUGGAACGCAGUCGUUCCUGUCAAUCCUUGCCUUGCGUCACGGAAUUCAUCAGGUAGAGAAGCUGGGAAUGGCGAACAUUUCAGCUCAUACUGAAGCUUUAAGAGCGCUGCUUGUUGACAGGCUAGCCGGUUUGCAGCACUGGAAUGGGCGGCCGAUCUGCGUUGUUUAUGGCAACGACAGCGGCAGGAGUAACGCUGAACAACAGGGACCAAAUGUUGCUUGCAAUUUUCUUCGCUCAGAUGCCAGCUACGUCGGAUACAGCGAAGUUCACAAGCUAGCGGAGAUCCACAAUAUCCAUUUGCGGACAGGCUGUUUCUGCACUCCAGGCGCAUGCCAGCACUAUCUCGGCCUUAGUGAGCUCGACUUAAUGCUGAACAUUGCGGUUGGUCAUGUCUGUGGUGACGACGUGGAUGUGGUGCAUGGAUUACCCACUGGUGCUGUUCGAUUAUCUUUGGGAUACACAUGA